AUGAGGCUAUGGCUAAGAGAACUGGUCCUCCAGGCACUGAGAAAUGCUCGGGGUAUCUGUGGGUCUCAUGGGCAGCCACCGCCCCUUCCUGUCCCGGAGAAGAUUGUGGCCACCUGGGAAGCCAUCAGCCUGGGCAGGCAGCCAGUGCCUGAGUAUUUCAACUUUGCCCAUGAUGUGCUGGACGUGUGGAGUCAGCUGGAAAAGGCUGGCCACCGGCCCCCAAUCCCUGCUUUCUGGUGGGUUGAUGGUGCAGGAGCAGAGGUCAAGUGGAGCUUUGAGGAGCUGGGGGAGCAGUCCAGGAAGGCGGCUAAUGUGCUGGAGGGUGCCUGUGGCCUGCAGCCUGGAGACAGAAUGAUGCUGGUGCUCCCACGGCUCCCGGAGUGGUGGCUGGUCAGCGUGGCUUGUAUGCGGACAGGGGCCGUCAUGAUUCCCGGCAUCUCUCAGCUGACAGAAAAAGACCUCAAAUUCCGGCUGCAGGCAUCCAGAGCCAGGGCCAUUAUCACCAGUGGCCACUUGGCCCCACGGGUGGAUGCCAUUAGCUCCGACUGCCCUUCCCUUCAGACCAAGCUGCUCGUGUCAGACAGCUAUCGGCCGGGCUGGCUGAACUUCAGGGAACUCCUCUGGGAGGCAUCCACAGAACACAACUGUGCAAGGACCAGGAGUCAAGACCCAGUGGCUGUCUACUUCACAAGCGGCACGACUGGGGCCCCCAAGAUGGUUGAGCACACCCAGGCCAGCUACGGACUGGGUUUUGUGGCGAGUGGGAGGAGGUGGGUGGCCUUGACCAAAUCAGACAUCUUCUGGAACACAACCGACACUGGCUGGGUGAAGGCAGCCUGGACUUUCUUCUCUGCCUGGCCUAAUGGAUCUUGCAUUUUUGUGCAUGAGUUGCCCCGGGUUGAUGCCAAAUUUAUCCUAAAUACUCUGUCCAGGUUCCCGAUCACCACCCUCUGUUGUGUCCCCACCAUCUUCCGUCUACUUGUGCAGGAGGAUCUAAGCAGGUACCAGUUUCAGAGCUUGAGACACUGUGUGACCGGAGGGGAGGCUCUGACUCCUGAUGUGAGGGAAAAGUGGAAGUGCCAGACGGGCCUGGAGCUGCACGAAGGCUAUGGCCAGUCUGAAACCGUUCUAAUCUGUGCCAAUCCAAAAGGGAUGAAAAUCAAGUCAGGAUCCAUGGGGAAAGCGUCCCCACCAUAUGAUGUGCAGGUUGUAGAUGAGGAGGGCAACAUCUUACCUCCUGGAGAAGAAGGGAACGUUGCUAUCCGUGUCAGACCCACCAGGCCCUUCUGUUUCUUCACGUGCUAUUUGGACAACCCUGAGAAGACAGCAGCAUCAGAACGAGGGGACUUUUACAUCACCGGGGACCGAGCCCACGUGGACAAGGAUGGCUACUUUUGGUUCAUGGGAAGAGAUGAUGACGUGAUCAAUUCCUCAAGCUAUCGAAUCGGGCCUGUUGAGGUGGAGAGUGCACUUGCUGAGCACCCAGCUGUCCUGGAGUCUGCUGUGGUCAGCAGCCCAGACCCCAUCAGAGGGGAGGUGGUAAAGGCAUUUAUAGUUCUUUCUCCAGCCUAUUCCUCUCAUGACCCAGAGAAACUAACCCAAGAACUCCAGGAGCAUGUGAAAAGGGUGACUGCUCCAUACAAGUACCCCAGGAAGAUGGCCUUUGUUUCAGAACUUCCAAAGACGGUUUCUGGAAAGAUUCAAAGGAGUAAAUUGAGAAAUCAAGAGUGGGGAAAUGAGAAGCAACCCCAGAAAGGUCCCAUAAGUCGCUGA